GGGCUGAUGUGUGACGCGGACGUCACAGGCGGGGUGAAUGACCGGCGGAAAGUAGCAAAGCAGCCGAGCUCUCGUUCCGUGCGGGCGGCGCCGGCUCCUGCUCCAGCUCCUGCUCCAAUGGGCUCUCCAGGCGGCAGUCUGCCUCUGCGACAUCUCACAGCCUGCCUCUGAGCAGCCGGCACCAUCUCAGUCGCUGCUGCUGCGGGGAAAGCCGCUGCGAGAAGAAGCAGCAGAAGGAUGCGUAUGUUUAAUUUGCACACACGUGUAACUUCCUGGAAGCCAAGUAUCAGCUGAAGUUACUCGGAGUCGCCGCUUCCUAGUAACCGGGGCGCGCUUGCAUGUUCAACAUCGCCGCCUGAUCCCUUUCCUUCCUUCCUUCCUUCCCUCCCUCGCUCCCUGUGUCUCUCCUGAGGUUAUUUGGUUUUGUUGGGUUGUUGUUUUUCCAUGGUCCGUGCCCUCGCUCUGUGACUCUCGCAGGCGCCUCCCUCCCUCCCUCCCUCCCUCGCCGCCGUUUGGUGCCCACCGCCCAGCUAUGGGUUCUGUCAAAAACGGGUUUCGACGCAACGACACUUACGUCCUGGCCGUCGAUGUUGGAUCCACGUCCAUCAGGUGCUCCAUCUACGACCGAGCCGCCAAGAUCCAAGGCUUCAGCAGUAAACCGAUAGAGAUAUUGUAUCCCAAACCUGGAUGGGUUGAAAUCGAUCCAGAAAUCAUGUUUGAACAGUUUGUUGCUGUAGUGAAAGAGGCAGUGGAAGGUUCACACUUGCAUAUGAAGCAGAUGGUAGCUCUGGGCAUUUCAACACAGAGAGCCACGUUUGUUACUUGGGACAAUAAGACAGGAAAACCAUUUCAUAACUUCAUCUGCUGGCAAGAUCUUCGAGCAGCGGACCUUGUCAGAUCGUGGAACAGCUCUUUGCUACUUUGGUUAGUUCAUAGAUCCAGCGCCAUGCUCCAUUUUCUUUCCCGACAGAAACGCUUCUUGGCUGCGAGUGUGAUCCAGUUCUCCACACAGCACGUGUCCCUACGUUUAGCCUGGGUUCUCCAAAAUAUAAAACAGGUCCAAGAGGCUGUAGCUGAAGAUAGGUGCUACUUUGGCACUAUAGACACAUGGCUGCUGUACAAACUGACAAAAGGUGAUGUAUUUGCAACAGAUUUCUCGAAUGCAAGUACUACGGCAAUCUUUGACCCAUAUCAGUUGUGCUGGAGUACAUUCCUUGCCAAUCUCCUCUCAGUGCCUGUGUCCAUUCUCCCUCCAGUGAAGGAUACCAGCUACAAUUUUGGUAAUACUGACAGAAGUAUAUUUGGAACCACUAUUCCAAUCAUGGCAUUGGCAGCGGAUCAGCAAGCAGCCAUGUUCGGAGAAUGCUGCUUUCAACCAGGAGAUGUAAAGCUCACAAUGGGAACAGGCACCUUUAUGUCCAUCAAUACUGGAACCAAACCCCACACGUCUGUAACAGGACUUUAUCCAUUGAUUGGCUGGAAAAUUGGAUCUGAAGUAACGUAUGUAGCGGAAGGAAAUGCUGCCGAUACGGGCAAAGUGAUCCAGUGGGCACAGAGGAUAGGCUUAUUCACUGAUGUUAAUGAAACAGAAAAGAUGGCACAGGAAGUUCAAAAUUCAGAUGGUGUAUUCUUUGUUCCAUCUUUCAGCGGAUUACAGGCACCUUUAAAUGAUCCGAAUGCAUGUGCGUCAUUUAUGGGACUGAAACCUUCAACAAACAAAAUGCAUCUAGUCCGAGCAAUAUUGGAAUCCAUAGCCUUCAGGAACAAACAACUAUAUGAUACAAUGCUGAGAGAUAUCCGCAUUCCAAUAACAAGUAUCAGAGCAGAUGGUGGUAUAUCCAACAACUAUUUUGUCAUGCAACUCACCACCGAUCUGAUUAUGUGUGAAAUUGAGAAGCCUAGCUGGGUGGAUAUGUCCUGUCGUGGGGCAGCGUUUCUCGCGGGUCUUGCAAUUGGAUACUGGGAAAGCCAAGAAGAUUUGGUGAAGAUGAAAACUGUGGAAAAGAUCUUCAGACCACAAGCUGUGCUGCAUAACUUUAAACCCACAUUAGAGAACUGGGAAUUGGCUGUGAAACGAUCCAUGCACUGGUACAAUAAAACAAAACAGGAGUGAAUUUUUACUUGAAUAAAAGGUAGCACUGAACGAGCUUACUAACGUAAAGGUUCCAAGUACAAACCGUUUCCCUAGACAAGGUUUGCAUCAAGAAAUCUAAAGGGGGGAAAUAUGGAAUUUCUGUAAAUUCCGCAUUCAAUUUUGUUGUAGAAAUUGCUGUGGAAAAGCUUGCCAAUGUAAAACCAAUUGUGCCUGCAACAAUAGGCAAAAAUAUUGAAAUUCAUGUUUCGUUAUUUAUUCCCAGUGCCAUCUGUCAUUGUGUCGAAAUGACUCAUUCAAAAUUGUGAAAUGCAGGGCUAAAUUGGUGAAAACUAUGGGAUUGUGGGGGCUGGAUUGUGGAUCUUUUUCAUGUUGGGACCAUUUGGUGGAGGUCUGGUGUUUUGCCUUUUCUACAUGUCAGCUCCACUUAAUUGUAAUCUCUGUUAUGGAACAAAUAUCAAAACUAUUAGGAGAUUUUUAACUUACCUCUUUGGGCCUGAAGCUAACAUUGCAUUUCUAAUUCCAAUGAUGUCUGUCUGAUUACAACAUUGAUUGCACUUCACUAAUGUAAAGCAUUUGGGACUCGGCAAGAUUCUAGAGAUAGAAAAACAAUUUGUUUUGGACAACAAAUCACAAUCCAUUUGCAGGAAAGGUCUAAGUGCUGAGUAUUUUAAUAUAACAAUAUCUUUGUGAAUCUCAUCCAAAUGAUCUAAUUUACCUUACAUAAGUUUACAGAUUACCAACAUGUGCCUUAUUAAACGUUUCACUAUAAGUGAAGUAGUUCUGCCAAAUGUUUUGUCAAACGGCAGAACAACUUAGAUUAAGCUGAUUAAUUAUCAAAGCGUAAUGUCUUGCCAUAAAACUAUUUGGAAAAGAGUAAAGAAACCUAAUUUCAAUUUUACAUUAUUAUAUUGUAUGUUUUGAAGAAAAAAUCAUGUUUGGAAAAGAUAUGAGAUUUUGAACUGGUUAAGUCAUUUUCAAAUCAGUUGAACUCCAGUAAUGUAAUAGACGGGCAUGUAAAGGGCCUGUCCCACGAGCAUGCGACUGCAUGCGGCAAGCGCGACCAAACCGGAAGCGGGGUCCGCGCGGAGGUCGAGUGCUCCCGUACAAGUUGACAUGAAGUUUGCGCUAGGCGUACGCCGACAAGACGCGUACGGCGUUGAGACGCUGCACAUGCCUGUCGAGACGGUGCGUACGGCCUCAAUGCGGCUGCGGGCUGGCAGGCCGUUGCCACGUGGAAUUGUUGGACAGUCAGUUUCUAGGAGCCCCGCGCGAUGUCGGGACCAGCUCCGCACAACUCCAUACAGCUCCAGUGAUCGAAGUGGGACCGACCCCGUGAGGCUGUACGGCUCAAGCGACCACGUUAGGUCGCGCUUGCCGCAUGCAAUCGCAUGCUCUUGGGACAGGCCCUUAAUGGUAAUGUUCUGACAGUACUCAAUUUUAUGGAUUAAUUAUUGGAGUUAUGAAACUUAUUUGAAGUAGUGACUUAAUUAUCCACACUUGUUCCUGAUACACUAACUGAAAACUAACUGUUAGUCAGUUUGUGGCAAGUGAUCAACAGAAGAUGACUUUCAGUUCUAUAGCAUCAAAUCAUUUUGUGAAAAUUUUUUUUUGCCAUUCCUCCACUUGCACCCCGUAUAACAUUCUAGCUGCAUGCAGCAGCAUUAUAAUACUGUGUAGGAAGGAACUGCAGAUGCUGGUUUAAACUGAAGAUAGACACAAAAAGCUGCAGUAACUCAGCAGGACAGGCAGCUUCUCUGGAGAGAAGGAAUGGGUGACGUUUCGGGUCGAGACCCUUCCUCAGACUUUCAGACUAAAGAAGGGUCUCGACCUGAAACGUCACCCAUUCCUUCUCUACAGAGAUGCUGCCUGUCCCGCUGAGUUACUCCAGCUUUUUGUGUCUAUCUUUAGUAUUAUAAUACUGUUGUUCCUUCAAAGGUUAUGACUUGAACUUCUCAAAUUCCUAUUGAUUGGCAAUUUAUCCUCCCCUUGGAUGACACUUUGUAAACUAAUUCCAACUUAAACUGAAGUUCAGUGGACUCCUGUGGGCCACUCAUGUGCAACUAUUUGAACACAGUUCAAAGCAUCAACCCAGUUGCCUCUGUGGCAGAAAUGUAUUUUUGCUCUUGGGCCACACUGGACCAUACCUUUAAGAAAUAUUAAAUAAUUUGCAGAUGCCUCAAAUGAUCAAAUAAGACAUGUUUAUCGGAGUCGUUGUGCUAUUGUAAGAUUAAAUGGCUCUAACCUCAA